CCCUCACCCUUCCCGCCUGAGGAGAAGCCCCGCCCCCUCACCGCCCGCGAGUCAUGGCGGCCAUCUCAUCCUUUCCCAAACCAGCCGCGCUUAGGGCACGGUGCUCCCGCAUCCUCCAGCGCUGCUCCUUUAUUUCCGCACCAGGACAGGCGCUGCUCGCCACCCGCAGUGCUUCCAGGGCCCUGAGGUGGCACUGCCUCGGGGCUCCCCAGCUCACCUCUUGAAGUGAACGUUUCCAAGCGGUGUGGAAACAGCUGUAAAAAUCACUGCGCUCAGCUCAAAGGGCUUUUCUUUGAGGAAACAACCAGCCUAAGAGCACUGCUUCAGUGCUGGAAAUGGGUCAAUUUCCAAAAUAGCCACGCGAGGGCAGCACAGCACCGCCGGACGGUUCCCUCAUAACAGCGCUGCUUUUCACGGGCUCUGCCUCAGCGCUUUGUACCGGUACAGCGCACUCAGUGGCACUGUGGUCAAAGCAAUGAGUUUUCCUCGCCCCGCAUUACUUCAAGGGAGUGGAUUUUUCCACAGAUUCGGUGCUUUUCACAUUUCCCAAGCUCUGCGGCCUGCCCCGCUCCGCCCCGGCCGGGAGGAGCCAAGGCUGGCGGCCGCCCCGCCCUUAGCGACCGCGGGGCCCGGCCAUGAGGCUGAGCCGGGCGGCCGUGCUGGCCCGGGCCAAGGCUGUCGCGCUCGAUGGGGUCCGGCGGCUGAACUGCUGGGGCAGCCACCUCACCGAUAUAUCGAUAUGCCGGGAUCUGCCCAACGUUGAGGUGAUCACAUUCAGCCUGAAUGGCAUCUCAGACCUCGAGCCGCUGAACCAGUGCCAGAAUCUGAGUGAGCUCUACUUGAGGAAGAACAACAUAGCAAGCCUGAAUGAGCUCUUCUACCUCAAAAACCUGCCCCGGCUGAGGGUCCUGUGGUUGUCUGAAAAUCCCUGCUGUGGGUCGGACCCCCACCGCUACAGGAUGACGGUGCUCCGCAACCUCCCCAGCCUGCAGAAGCUCGAUAAUCAAGCCGUGACAGAGGAAGAGCUGUCCCAGGCCAUGGUUGACGGGGAGGAAAUCACGGCCCCACCAGCCAGGAGGAGUAUGGAGAAUGGCUGCUCUGCAUCCACAGAGUCCAGUGCUGCCGAAUCCACAAUGGAGACUGAGAGCGAGCUGCUGAGCUUCGGUUUGGAGGAGACCAACAAAAUCCGAGAGCAGCUUGGUAUGAAGCCUGUUCCAAGGGAUAAAUUUUCCUCCUUCUCACCUCAAGAGACGGACUGUAGCCAAAAUACAAGAAACAAUGUGCUGAAUGCCAUCCUGCUUCUCACGAAGGAACUGGACGCCGAGGGUCUGGAGGUCGUCCAGCAGACAGUGGGGAGGAGGCUGCAGGCCUUUCGGAAGAGGGAGCUGCAGGAGGAAUGACGGUGUGUGCUGUGUCCUCCCUGGGGCAUUCCAUGAGCCAGAGAGCUUGCCCCAGCACAGCUGCACCACUCUGCCCAUACAUGCCUGGCUCAGCAUGUUCCGCUGCACUUCCCCUGUGGAUGGGGUGAUGCUGGCUGAGAGAAACUGCCCCUUUAGUUCUCCUGACAUUGCCCCUGGCUAUGUGCAUCACGUUGGUGGGAUCUGCCUCUCGGGAGCUUUCCUGCUGGCGUGGCAGGCUCUGUUAAUGUGUGCAUGUCAUGUCACUGGGGUCAUUCGAUGGGAGCCACAGCGGGAUCAACAAGAAAAAGCUAGCAGGGCUGUGGGCAGAGGUGCUGCUGUGCUCUACAAAUGAAGGGGUUGGCAAAGCCUGACAGCAGCCAGAAGUACCACUGCUCCCUGUUGGCCGAGCACUUGGCCAGUUGUCAUUCUGGGUCUGCAUAGAGCAGACUCUGAAGGCAGCUUCUCCCACAAAGGUUUGUUUGAAUCUUGGAAAGACGCUGCCUAAAGGAUUUUCAAGAGCUCUCUGGUACAGAUGGUGAAGGUCAUUGUCAAAUUCUUAAUUUAUCUUAAACUCCUGAUUUCUUUUGGCCUUGUUAGUACAAGCAGCAUCUGACUUGGUGGUCAGGUGGCCCAAAGAAGACCUUGGUGCAGCCUGGGUGAAACAGCAACUCCUGAAUGCUCAGCUGUAGUUUCGCCCCUGCAUGCCCUUGCAGGCAUUAGAGCAGCCUAAGGAAAUGUAACCUUGGAGCAAAAUAUCCCUGUGCAUUUUGGGAGAAAAUGAGCCAAGCAUUACUGUUCGAAUGCACAGGUAUCAAGGGUGGUGCUUAACUGAAAAAGCUGAAUUUAGAAAAAUUUUUCAAAGCUCUUAAAAUACCACUUGAAACAUUGUGACAUUGCAAAUAAAAGCCAUUUUCCCUCUAGG